AUGGCUAAUUACAAAGCCACGAGAGUCAUUCCAAAGGAGUUUAAUUGGAGUCAAAGGAAAAAAUUCUUGCACGAUGCACGCUUCAAUGUGUGGGAUGAUCCUCAUUUGUUCAAGGCAGGAGUGGAUAAUUUAUUAAGGAGAUGCGUCACAAAGGAGGAAGCACGAAGCAUUCUUUGGUAUUGCCACAGUUCACCCAAUGGCAGUCACCACAAUGGGGAUAGAACAGCAGCAAAAGUGGAAGCCAUAGCCACGCCGAAGGACGAUGCCAGGGUAGUGAUCAAAUUUAUGAAGAAGAACAUCUUUUCCCGUUUCGGAGUCCCACGAGUCUUGAUUAGUGAUGGGGGAACGCACUUCUGCAACAAUCAGUUGAAGAAAGUCCUGGAGCACUAUAAUGUCCAACACAAGGUGGCCACACCUUAUCACCCUCAGACGAAUGGCCAAGCAGAAAUUUCUAACAGGGAGCUCAAGCAAAUCCUGGAGAAGACAGUUGCAUCAUCAAGAAAGGAUUGGGCCUUGAAGCUCGAUGACACUCUCUGGGCCAAUAGGAGAGCGUUCAAGACUCCCAUCGGCUUAUCACCAUUUCAGCUAGUGUAUGGGAAGUCAUGUCAUUUACCAGUGGAGCUGGAGCACAAAGCAUAUUGGGCUCUCAAGUUGCUCAACUUUGACAACAACGCAUGCGGGGAAAAGAGGAAGCUACAGCUGCUGGAAUUAGAAGAGAUGAGACUGAAUGCCUACGUGUCAUCCAUAAUUUAUAAGCAAAAGAUGAAGGCAUAUCAUGAUAAGAAGCUACAGAGGAAAGAAUUCCAUCCAGGGCAGUAG